CUAGUUUACGUUCAUUUCUUCAGCCAUAAGCGCGCGCUCUCAUUGGUGGAGAGGUACUUAGGCGACAGUGUCCCUGAACUAUCCCAAAAGUAUCGCCCCCAAGUGUCUCUCAGGGACGAGUUCAAACACAGAUAGGCUGGCUGUGAGGCAAGGCGGACUUUUUAAGAGAUCAUGAUUGAUCCCCCGGCGUUCAUCCCUCGCCCGAGAUGCUUCCUCUUUCUUUUCCAACCCACUUACUAUUGCCGCUUGGAACUAUAUCUGUCUCACCUCAAGGGGGCGCCAAUUCGAGUGAGGUGCAAGUCCGUCUUGAGGCUCCGGGAAUCCCGCAGGUGGAUGGCAGUAUUCCCAUUGUAGCCCCAUUCCCUGUCAAUAGUACUAUCGGCGCCAGGACUGAGACGAACACAUCAGGAGGUGCUUAUCGUACCUCUGGCGUUCAGAACAAUGGUACCCCAAUACAAGAGACUCAGGCUGGUCCAGAGAUCAAUGUCCAAACGCCACCUUGUGCUCAGCCGGACAUUCUCGCUAGAUUUUUCAAAGCAUAUUAAGCAGGCUGGAUGAAAUGUCGGACGUCCUGAAGGAUUCUACCAUUGCUGUGAAAGGAGGCAAGGACGUCCGUUCGAGAUUCUGGGCUACUCACAUGAGAGUAGCUGAAGAAAGUGAGGGAGAGUUUCUGGAACGACACAAUAGCGAUAUGGACAUCGUCUUGUUCUUUGUAUGGUUUCAUGUUGUGAAAACCUUUCUUGUCCUAAAA